CCAACUCCUUAAUCCGUAUUUUUUUUUCAAAGAUCUUCGAUUUCAGCUGCCUAGAAUACAUACACAAUUCUUUUUUCCUCAUUUCAUAUUAUAUAAAUAUAUUGAUAUAUCGAAAAUGAUGCAUAUAUGCAGUAGCGGGUGUCCUUGCGUUAUGUGCAAUAACCAAUACUAUCAGAGCGACGACUACUCAUUCUCCUCCGUGCCGCCGCCGCCGGCAAAUGAUCACCACCACCAGUACUAUUAUGAAGAAGAAUCUUCGGCGGCCGCAGAUUAUGGGGACCACACUACUUCCAUGUACUCUUAUUCAUCUUCCUCUGUGGAUUGUACCCUUUCGCUGGGAACGCCUUCCACUCGUCUCUCCGGCGGUGAGAGGGCGCCGCCCACAGAAUCCCGCCGCAAAUCCUCCGGCCGCGGCGCCUCUUCCUCUGACCGCCGCUGCGCUAACUGUGACACCACUUCCACUCCCCUCUGGAGAAAUGGACCCCGAGGCCCUAAGACGCUAUGCAACGCUUGUGGAAUCCGGUAUAAGAAAGAGGAGAGGAGAGCGAGCGUUGCGGCAGCAAACAACGGCGGAGGCGG